AUGCAGUCCCUCUGUCCGCGGAAGGAGGCUUUUGGUAGUGCUGUGUGAUUCCUACCAGCUGUUUCCCGCCUUGAAAGACAUCCGAUCAGCUGCAACUACACACAUACACGUACAUGCAGAAGGAAAGAGAGAGAGAUUGAGAGCGCCACACAACGAGGGAACCCUAUCAGCUGGAAGUAGAGUAACGUUUAGAACUCCGACUGCUCUGCUACUACAUAAGGAAUUUUCCGAAUUAUGAAAUUAUUCUAGAUUUAUGAGCAAGGGAAUUUGCACCUGAAACUGGGACAUAUUUUGUGCGUUAAUUCAUUUGAACCGGGGGACACACAACUGGAGAGGAAAGCAUGGAGUAUUUCAUGGUACCAGCACAGAAGGUGCCCUCCUUGCAACAUUUUAGGAAAACGGAGAAGGAAGUGAUUGGGGGUCUUUGUAGCCUGGCGAACAUUCCUCUGACCCCCGAGACGGCGCGCGACCAGGAGCGGCGGAUCCGCCGGGAGAUCGCCAACAGCAACGAGCGGCGGCGCAUGCAGAGCAUCAACUCCGGCUUCCAAUCGCUCAAGACGCUCAUCCCCCACAGCGACGGAGAGAAACUCAGCAAGGUGGGUCCGAGGGAGGAAAGGAAGGGAGAGAAACUCAGCAAGGCGGCCAUCUUGCAGCAGACAGCAGAGUACAUCUUCGCUUUGGAGCAGGAGAAGACACGGCUACUGCAACAGAACAGCCAGCUCAAACGCUUCAUUCAGGAGUUCAGCGGCUCCUCCCCAAAGAGGAGGCGCGGGGCGGAGGAGAAGGAUGAAGGGAUCGGUUCCCCAGACAUUUUGGAGGAGGAGAAGACGGAUGACCUGCGGAGGGAGAUGGUGGAGCUGAGACAGCAGCUGGACAAGGAGCGCUCUGUCCGCAUGAUGCUGGAGGAGCAUUUGAGACAGGAGGAGGUCUGCUGUGUUGUGGUUGGUGGUACUCAGCCUGAACAUGUGUUAGGAACUCACUCCGAGCAGCAGGAGAGAGCCAGCACCCCAGCCCACAGCCCACAGGUGCUGGCCCCCAGGUCGUCCCCCGCCCCCACCCACCACCCCACGGUCAUCGUCCCAGCCCCCGCACCAGCCCCGCCUCCCCAUCACGUCACCGUGGUAACCAUGGGCCCGGCCUCUGUCAUCAACACAGCCUCCACGUCUCGCCAGAACCUGGACACCAUUGUGCAGGCCAUCCAGCACAUUGAGAGCAUCCAGGAGAGGGUGGGGGAGGAGGAACAGCGCCGGGCGGUGAUCGUCACCCAGGGACGCGCCCUCACAGACACAGCGGGGUCCGACACGGCGUCCGACAGCGAGUGGCCAGAGGACUGCUCACUGCCCUGAGGCCUCCCAUCACACACAGGGGCCACGAGAGGGGGCCCUGUACAACACCCACAAUACUCUGAUUAUAUGGCCAUUUAUUAGGUUGGAUAGACGGAUCAGACUCACACACACACUGAACUAGGAUAGUCUACUGUAACUGGAUAAUUACACAUACACACUUCUUUCUGUCUCCCUUUUCUGCUUUCUUGCUUUUUCUCAAACCGGACAAAAAACAUCAGUAGAAAGGUGAUGCGUUGACCUGACAGUUCAACAUAGCUCAAGCGGCCAACAGCCUUCCAAUCGGUCACGAAACACCCAUUAAACCCACUCCCUCUCUGGGUCUAGCUCCUCCAGAGGGCUGCCUGAGGAUGGAAGUGUCACACCCAGGUCCAGCCCGGUCCCUUGGCUCAGUUGUCCAAUGGAGACUCUUUCUCACCUUCUCCAAAACAAACUAAGCAACUUCUGCCCAGCGAGCAGGAGAGCACGCCUGGACAGGACAGGUGUACCCCAACCAGCAGCACAGACGUCCCAGGUGACCCCACACCCCCCAUACUAGAGAUAAUUUCUACAAGAAAUCCUCUACUUCCUGUAUCUCUUCAUAUACCAUAUUUCUACCCAGGGGAAUCUCCCCUGAGCGAUGAGACACUGUGAGCAUUUAAAGACUCGCUCCCUAGUAAGAGAAAAUGUUGUCGUUUUUCUGUUGUACUUUACAAAGAAUUUGUAAGAGUUUGCGUUACAGGUUUUCUUUUUGAUCUUGUGUUGUGCUCGGGGGCUCUGGUCAAUAAAUCACAGGGAUUGAACUGAAACGUGACCAUAUUGACGCAGCUAGAGGUCUGUUCAUUUCAGUGGUGCUGUUAGGAGACAAAGCUAAAGCUAAGCUUACUAUGGAAAGAGGAGGAGUGCACUUCCGGUUCCCUCUUUCUCUUUCUGUGCCAUCACACGUUUUACUGGGCUGGGUUCCCAGUAGACAUUUUUAUAGGUGACACUCUCCCCUAAUUAGUAGUACAGAUGAAAACCUGUAACAGCGAUUCACCCUUUCGUGUGCUGCUUCUGACAUUUUGGCAUCUAGCUUGUUGAAUAAGCUAAUCGAUGAGUACAUCUUGAGUUUUAAAAGCCUUUGUGUGUUUUUGCUGUUGUACACAGGGUAGGCUGGUGUAUCCAGCUCCACGCUGUAAUUAGGUGGGUUGUGUCCGGGGUUAGGAAAGCCCUGUGUUUGGGACAGGCCUCUGUUUGAUAUUGUAGGAGAACACACACACCCCCCUGUGCAAUUAAUGGUCCCAGAUCUGAUAAAGCUCCUCCCAUCAUCUGAUAAAGCUCCUCCCAUCAUUUGUCCUUGAGUUUUGGAAACGUCUCUCUGAUGUUUGUGAGUUGCAUUUGACUCAUAUGUUUCCACUAAUAGGAACACGCGUCCUGGGGGGGGUCAGGUAUCUCUGGUAUCACCAUACUACUCGGCACCGUGAUACUUGGCGUGGUAUCACGUCAUUAGUGAAAUGUUGAUAUUGUGACAACCCCACACUGAAAAUAGACACAUUUUCUUGCGGUUUCCACAGAUUUCUAGCGUGUCGCCGUGCAAAACAAAAAUGUUUCGGCUCCUUUGAGCCCUGACCAGUUAGCAUCCCUGGCUAUUGUCUGUUUUUAUUGUAUCAUUCUCUCUGUAAAGUCUGUCUAUGAUGGUUCUGUUGAGCCCUGACCAGUUAGCAUCCCUGGCUAUUGUCUGUUUUAAUUGUAUCAUUCUCUCUGUAAAGUCUGUCUAUGAUGGUUCUGUUGAGCCCUGACCAGUUAGCAUCCCUGGCUAUUGUCUGUUUUAAUUGUAUCAUUCUCUCUGUAAAGUCUGUCUAUGAUGGUUCUGUUGUGCCCCAGAUAUGACAGUGGUUUUACAGGGAUCACAGACACUUUUUCAAAAGCCUGAGUUUUCCCAGGCUGACCUGAUUGAAACCUUGUUGUUUUGGGGGUUCUCCUAUCCUGUGGAGUGAGGGGGGAAUGCAGACACACAUGUACAGUCAUGGUGGGUUCGAGAGACCCAGAUUCUGUGCAGAUUGUCAGAUCCUUACAAUACUUACAGAAAUUGUUGAGAAUAAGCCCAUCUGGAUUGCACCCAGGAUAACACGCUGCCUGAGGUGUGUGGAGAGCGAGAGAGGGGCAGCGGUUUGCCAUAACACAGCUUCUAAUGUGCAGGGUAGGCACUGUGAGGCCAGCCUUAACUCAACCCUGGAGUCAGAGCGAGAAAGAGGUAGAGGCUGGCCACACCUAUAUAGAGAACGCCUGAACACUGUUCAAUAGGAUUGAUACUGUAAACCUUUAUGUCCAGAACCUCCCAAUAUAAAUACACACUUGGUGGCUUAUGCUUUGUUUUAGUGUGCUGCGGUUUCCAAAAGGAGAUGUGGAUGCAUUGUUUUUAGACAUUCCAGAAGAUUCCACCAGUACCUUUAGCAUCUCUAACUGGCACUUUUCAAGAGCAAAAAGCAACGGUUUUGUCCGAGGUUAUUUUUGGCCACAAUACGGCCAAUCGCAGAGGAAUCGUUUUUAAUGUAAAAUGAUUUGAUGGUAAAUUGUAUUGAUUUGUUGAUUGUCCCUUAUGUCUUCCCUUUGAGUGUAGAGGGAGUCCUUUUACUGCUGGUCAGAUGAGACGCAUCUCCCUCCUAUCCUUCCUUCUUGGUAUUUACAGUGGAUUCACACUGGCCACGUUCAAGGCCACUUCAUUGCAGUCGCAUGCCAGAACCUCACAAUGCCUGGAUAGGUGUUUUUGUAUCAGCUUACCACAAAAUGACACCGCCAACUGAUGCCGGACUGGAAAGUCAGUGAGGUGGCACGCAGCCAUAGGUUGCUGCAUGCACUGUGACUGUAAUUUAGUCAGCCUGGAACGCAACCACUGUGUUCACCCAGGAAAAAAACCAACUUAGCCAUGUUGAGUUCCAUUAUUUGGAAAUGGUCAGUGAUUCUUGAGGCGUGCCCUCUAUAAACCUUAUAAUCUGGAUCGGUAGGGGCGGUCCUCUGAUCCAGUCCUAUUGAUUGCUGAAGAAAAUGUUGUUGUUUUUGUUUGGUUACGCUUUAUGCUAUGUCCGUAGUAGCCCUUUUCAGUACCUGUGUUCAAACAUUUUCUCUGCUGAUGCCAAGCACUGUCCCAUAGAUGUUUUGUGUAUCUUCUAUACGAUAUCUCUGUUAGAUACAUAACAGAUUGCCUGUGAGGUGGGCAGGGGUCAGGGAGGAGGUCAGUGAAUGGGGGGGGUUACGGUUCUAAAGCACUUACUGUACUAUAUAUGGGAGAGGGUUCCUCUUAUUUUCUGAAAGGGGGCCUCUCCUCGGCUGAAGCUCUUGAUAUGUUGUGAGACUAAAACCACACAGCUGUGUAUUUCCCCUUUUCCCUGUGUCUGACCCGGUCAUAUACCCUGGGUGUAUUCAUUAGGCACCAAACGGAAGAAAAUGGACUGAAACAGGGAGAUACUACCUGACCUUGCCCAAUAAGAAACCGUUGUUUUAAUUUUCCAUUGCUACGGUGUGCCCUAGUGAAUACAACCCCUGUCCCAUGUCUGUCUGUCCCCCAUCUCUUUGUCUGUCUGUAGUCAACACAAGACUCUCAUCCUGUCUUCCCUCUCCGUCACUCACGCACUCCUCUCCUCCCCAGCUCCUCUUUAUCUGUUGUCUUGUGUUUUGUUGGACAGUCAGUCCACACGGUCGUUGAGAAGCUAUUAUAUUUAGAGUUUUUUUUUAAGAAGAAAAUUGUGGGUGGAUAAAGAAGAGGCUUGUGCCUUUUGUAAAGACAGAAUAAUAAAGUUUGUACUUCAUUUUUUACAA